AUGGCAACCCUCAGCAGUCCUGACUCCAGAUUCAUCGUGGGAGAGAAGUACAGACUGGUAAGGAGGAUCGGGUCCGGCUCCUUCGGAGUGGUUUAUCUCUCAGUUAAUAUCACCAAUGGAGAGGAAGUGGCAGUGAAACUAGAGUCACAGGAUGCCAAGCACCCCCAGUUACUAUAUGAGGGCAAAUUGUACAAGAUUCUGCAGGGUGGGGUUGGCAUCCCCCGCUUAAGGUGGCUCGGUCAGGAUAGAGACUAUAAUGCCCUAGUCAUGGAUCUUCUGGGACCUAGCCUGGAAGACCUCUUCAAUUUCUGUUCACGGAAGUUCACCAUGAAAACUGUUCUUAUGUUGGCUGACCAGAUGAUCAGUAGAAUUGAAUACGUUCACACAAAGAACAUCAUACACAGAGACAUUAAGCCGCAUAACUUCCUUAUUGGUACAGGGCGCCACCGCAAUAAAGUAUUCCUUGUUGAUUUUGGUUUGGCCAAAAAGUAUAUAUCCAGUAGUACAAGGAAACACAUACCAUGCAUAGAAUAUAAAUACCUCACUGGUACUCCCCGAUAUGCUAGCAUCAAUGCUCAUCUUGGUUUUGAGCACAGUCGCCGAGAUGACAUGGAGUCAAUAGGUUAUGUUUUGAUGUAUUUUAAUACAAGCAGAUUGCCAUGGCAGGGAAUAAAGGCUACCACAAAGGAACAACGCAAUGAAAAGGUUAUGAAAAUGAAGAUAUCCACUCCUGUAGAAGUUUUAUGUGAGGGGUUUCCAGCAGAGUUUGCCACAUACUUAAAGUAUUGUCGUGCACUGCACUUUGAUGAAACUCCGGAUUACAAAUAUCUGAGGCAGCUAUUCCGCAGUCUUUUUGAGACCUUGAAUGACCCAUGUGACUGCACCUUUGACUGGACAUGGUUACAGCACAAAGCAGCACAACCGGCGACAUCUUGCAGUAAGCAGGGUCAGCAGGCCCAAUCCCCCACAAAUUUCCAAGCAUGA